AUGAUUGACGACAUUUUGAAGCACACAAAUAUGCAUAUCGAUCAGCUGAGAGUUGAUCACCAGUACUCUAGAGAUCGGGGCUGUAAAAACAUCAACAAGAAUGAAUUUAUGGCAUACUUGGGUCUACUAUAUUUGAUCGGUAUAAACAAAUCUCACCACGCAAAUGUGAAAGAGAUCUUUUCCAGUGACGGUACCGGAAUUCAAAUAACAAGAGUUGUCAUGAGUUACAAGAGAUUUCUCUUAAUCAUCCGCUGCCUGAGAUUCGAUGACAAGAAUACCAGAAUCGAAAGGAGGAAAGUUGACAAACUGGUAGGAAUUCGUGACUUCUUCCAAGCUUUUGUCAACAACUGCAAGUUAUUAUUCAACUUGAGCGAAUAUACUACGAUCGAUGAGAUGCUGCAUCCAUUUAAGGAUCGUUGUAGCUUCAUCCAAUAUAUUCCUAGUAAACCAGCGAAAUACAGGCUGAAGAUUUUUGCGUUAUGUGAUGCUAAAAGUUUUUACACAUCCAUUCUAGAAAUAUAUUGCGGAAAACAACCCGAUGGACAAUUGGAUAAUUGGCAGACAAAAGCAAGACUGUUGAAUCCGCUCUUUUUUGUUGGUUUCCAAAAGGACAAAAUGUUAGUGUCCUAUGUACCUCGGAAAAAUAAAUCUGUAAUAUUACUCUCAACAUUACAUGACGACAGCGAAAUGGAUUCCGACACCAAAAAGCCUCAGGUUAUACUGGUCUACAACGAAACCAAAGGCGGAGUGGAUACUGUCGACAAAAUGUGUGCCGCUUACUCGGUCUCUAGAAUAACAAGAAGAUGGCCAUGUGUACUUUUCUACACUUUGAUGAAUAUUGGCGACAUAAAUGCUCAAAUUUUAUACAAAUUUGCCUGUCCAGUAAAGGCUCCUAAGCAUCGAAGAGUUUUCCUGAAAAAUUUGGCAUUAAGCCUCAUGAAAGAGCAUCUUAUCUUCAGAUCAAAUCUCAGACAUUUACCUCAAGAUAUAAGUGCUUUUCUCAAAGUGAAUUACGGUCGGGGUGUUGAACCGAUAACAGAAGAAGAAAAAAGAAACCCUACAAAAAACACGGUGUGUAUCGGUCAUGUGCAUUGGAGAAGAAAAGAUCCUCAGCAUCAAUGA